UUUACGCCCUGUCAUCACGGGAACACCACCAGCUGUGUUUUCUUCAAAGUUCCGUUUCUUCGCCCCGGGGGUCCGGGACCUGUGCGACGUCGGCUGCAGCUUGUCUAGUCAUGGACUGAAAGUGUGCUGGGACAAUGUCGCUUUCCUCAGAUGACGAGGAGCAAGAGCCCUUCCCCGACACCAUGCAAUCCGAUAUCUCCAUCACCAGCGAAAGCAGCAGCGACGACGAUGCAGAGGCAGACGAUGCCGACAAGGGCGAUACUAUCAAAAACCAAGCGCCGCAAACCGUCGAACACAACUAUUUUGCGCCGCCAUUUUACGGCCGCCCGCCGACUCCUCUUCCACCCUCUCCCUCGCUAACGUCUCUCCUCCGUCCCUCGAGGCCGACGACCCCAGACGCUUCGGAUGAUGACUUCGAGCCCGUUCCGCGCGCGUCGCCUAAAGUGCCGACGUACGAAUACUACGGCUUCGUCCUCUACCUCUUCUCGAGCCUGACGUUCCUCGUCUACCUACUGUGGUCCUACCUCCCCUCGCCCUUUCUCCACGUCCUCGGCAUCUACUAUUACCCGAACCGCUGGUGGGCUCUCGCCAUCCCGUCCUUCAUCACCAUGCUGCUCGUAUACAUCUACGUCGCCCUCGCGGCCUAUAACACGGAGGUCCUGACCCUUCCCCUGGAGUCCAUCGAGACGGUCGUGGACGCCGCGGCGCAGAUCGCCGUCGUGGACUCCAAGGGCCGCAUCAAGACCGGAGCGCACAGGAGGCAGAGAGAUCAGCGGGACCAUCGGGAUCAUAGGAUACAUGGCGGACCGCAGUUGAACUGGAAGAAUGUGUGGAACGAAGGCACGGAUGCGGUGAUGGAUAUCCCACUCGCGGGCGUGUGCGAGGUCCUCUGCAAUGACGGGAUGGAGGGGGAAUUCGAAUCUGAGUACGCUGUGUAUUGAUAAUAAUAGAUGGUGCAUGUCUCUGCUCCAAACUCUAUGGGGUAUAGAAAUGACUACGAAUAAUGAUUUCGUAUGAUUCCGGCGCUGUCUUUUCUUCUUCUUUUUUCCCUCGCCUUGAUAGAAGGAUUCUUAAUCUCUUCGUGCAACAUG